AUGCUGCCAAAUGACAUGCAAGAUCUUGUAAACUUGCGGCAUCUUGAUGUUAGGAACACUGGUUUGAAAGAAAUGCCGAGGGGAUUAGGCAAGUUAAAAAAUUUGCAAUUUUUAAGUGACUUUGUUGUUGGAAAAGAGCAAGGGAUCAAUAUUGGAGAAUUGGGAGCAAUGAAAAAUUUAAAGGGUUGGGUUGCAAUUAAUAAAUUAGAGAAUGUCAAGAAUGGAAAUGAAGCCUAUGAAGCGAGGAUGACAGAGAAGAAGCACAUUAAGGAUCUAACAUUAUCAUGGUCAAAGGAUGACGGCGUGGACGAUACACGUUAUAGGGGCACAGCAUUUCCGGAUUGGUUGGGGAGUCCUCGCUACCACAACGUGACUUGGUUUCGACUGGAUAAUUGCAAAAACUGUUGCAUGCUUCCCCCCCUCGGGCAGCUCCCGGCUCUAAGGAGAUUAUAUAUUGAAGGAUUAGAAAGUAUUGAGAAGAUUGGCGAAGAGUUUUUGAAGGCCGGUGUCCCGAAAUUGAGGAUUAUCGACAGGUGGAUGUGGAAGUGUGGGGUGGGUGGCAAAGAGAAAGAGUUACCUGCUUCCCUUAGGAAGCUAGAAAUUACAGGAUGUCGGAUGUUGGAAUCAAUGUCGGAGGCACUCUCUAAACAUUUGCGUCUUCAAGAAUUAGGUAUCUGGGAGUGCUCCAAUACAUCACAUCAAAUGAUUCAUUUGCCCCCAUCACUACAACGGUUAACGAUACACAUUUGUCCGAAUGUCAAUUUUGUGUUGAGUUCAACUGCUCCUCUACAAAAUCUCCAAUCUAUAGCCAUUCAGCUGCGUUGUAAUUUUGUGAAGUUUAUGUCGGAUGACAUGGAACAUCUUCUCCCAAAUUUGAAAGAUCUAUGGAUAACUCUUUGUCAAGAGAUGGAAGCAUUUCCAGAAGGGAUCCUUGUGCCAAAUGUCAAUUGUUUCCCGGAGGGCUUUUCUCUUCCUGCCACUCUCACCACUCUGCAGCUCAGCAACUUCAGGUACUUGGAGACGUUGGAUUGCACAGGACUUGAGCACCUAACCUCCCUCCAACAACUCAACGUCAGGGGGUGUCCCAAGCUGGAGAAAAUGUCUGGAGAAAAGCUGCCUUAUUCUUUAAGAGAGCUUCGCAUUAGUGGUUUGUCAAUUGUUGGAAGAAAACUACCACAAGGAGGAUGA